GCCGCCGUUGGCCCUACGGUCUUUGCACUUGCGCGAGCGCCUCGGUCGGGCCGCGUGCGAGAGCGCCCCUCCCUUUCUCACGCCACCGCGCACAGUCCGCGCGCAGCGCACAUGUGCAAUGGCGUGAGCGCGCCCGUAAAGCCGUCGAAAGGUGACGGGGAAGAAGUGCGCCAAAGUUAAGCUCGCGGAGACGAGGGUACACACACGGAGUGAGAGAGCGCGAGCCGAGCAUAGGGUGUCGAGAGUGUCAGGUACUGGGCGGGCGAGGGAGGGGACAACGCCGGCCCGCUGCCGGCUGGCAAGUCUCUCGCGCUGCACCAGUCAAGUACCGAGUACUGCUUGUCCACGUUCACUCCCCGUGCGCCCGCCGAGGACGACGGUGAUAGCAGCUGCAGCGGGGCGCCGCCCGCACGUGACGUGAGGUGUGAGACAGGCCGCUUCACAGUCUGCCCGACCGCUACAAAAAUUGCCUGGUCACUGAUAAGAUUCGAACCGGCUAUCUUUGGUUGUCAUGGUCUGACUUCUGGUGCAGAGCAGUUCCGCUGUCCACUCCGGCACCCCAACGGCGCCGCGGGUCUCCUUGUUAUUGUUUUCGAAUGGCUCCCGCCACGUGCACCGGCAACAUGGCGUGGCGCCUGCUGCUGCUGCUGCCGCUGGGGCAGUGCCUGACGGUGGACGGGCCCCUGGUCGUGGUGGAGGCCGUGGACGGCUGGCCGCCCCCGCCCGCACCCACGAAACCCCCCGUCGAACUGCCCCUGCGCCUCACCCCCUUCCUGGAGGCCGGUGACGCGGCGGAGGCCAGGCGGCGGGCCGCGGUGCCCGCCAUGCUGCCGUCGUGCUGUCCGAGCUUCUCGGGCUUCCUCACCGUCGACAAGCAGCACGACUCGAACCUCUUCUUCUGGUUCUUCCGGUCCGAGACGCGCCGCAAGACGGCGCCCUUGGUCGUCUGGCUGCAGGGCGGCCCCGGGACCAGCAUGAUGAGGCCCGUGUUCCUGGAGAACGGCCCGUACCAGAUCGACCCACGCACCAUGCAGCUCAGGCGACGCCGCAGCGCGUGGACGCGCGCGCACUCCGUGCUGUACUUCGACAACCCCGUGGGCACGGGCUACAGCUUCACCCGCGGCGACGACGGUCUGGCGAGGAACGUGAGGCAGGUGGCGCGUUCGCUGGUCGAGGCGCUCCGCCAGUUCUUCGUCAUGUUCCCCGGGCAGCGCGGCCGGGACUUGUACAUUGCCGGCGAGUCGUACGGCGGUAAGAUGGCGACGGCCCUCGCACACGAGAUCCUGCACUCGAACAGCACCGCCUUCAACCUCCAGGGCCUCAUCAUCAUCAACGCGCUGGUGGAGGCCGAGAGCCAGAUCGACAAGAGCGAGGUGGCUUACCAGCUGGGCAUCGUGGACGAGGCAGAGCGCGACGAGAUGAGGGCUGUGGCUGCGCGCCAGAUCAAGCUGAUCCAGCUGGGCCACUGGGACGAGGCCAGGAAGCUGUCAAAGGACGAGUGUGGCGGCCCCAUCUCCCCCGCAGACACGGGUCUCGACGCCGUCACCAACUACCUGCUGUGGAACGGCACCCAGGACAACGGUUACAAGGACCUCGCCCAGCACCGCCACAUCCGCAUGGCCCUGCACGUCGGCAACGCUACCUUCUCGGGCCGAGCGACGGCAGUCGCGCGGGCGCUCAUCGACGACGUGGGCGCGUCCCAGUUGCCCCAGCUGGCCGAGGUCGCCGACAACCUCCGCGUCCUGGUGGUCAGCGGCCAGCUGGACCUGUGUCUUCCCUACCGCCUCACCGCCAACUUCUUGCGGAAGAUGGCGUGGAGCGGCGCGUCCGAGAUGGCCCAGUCCCGCCGGGUGACGUGGUGCGUCCAGGGCCAGCUCGCGGGCUACGCGCGCACGGUGCGCGGCCUGACGCACGUGCUGGUGCGCAACGCGGGGCACUACCUGGGCCAGGACCAGCCGCGCUGGUCCGCCGACAUGCUUAAAAAGUUCACGGACCAGGAGACUUUCGACACUUGCGAGGAGCGCUGUGCGAAGAGCGGCCAGCGGCCGUAGCAGAGAAGAAUCGAUUCGUGCAGACACUCUGUUCACGUAAGCUGACAAGGCUAAAGAAUAACUCAAGUUUAUCAAAACUUGAUUUCUUUUUAUUUAAAAA